AUGGGCCCCGAUUUGCUCCGCAAAAAGUCUUUUGUGAAGCAAAGUGGAUGUGAUAAAGGAGCGAGAUUAGUAAGGACAAAUUUAUGGCUUUUCAAUAAUGCUGGUAGGUUUGUCUUGCAACGCCUUGAAAAUAAUCAGAGAUUAGUAAAUGCUAUACCACGUGCAUUAAUUAAUGAUGAUGUGUCUUUAGCUAGAUAUAGGCUUGCGCAACGUGUUGCAUCUUUGCGUUGUACUGAAACUGUUGACCAAGUUAACAGCAGGCAUCACAGUGAUGCUAUAAGGCAGGCAGCAAUUCGCAAUGCUAAAAGUAAUGAGCAAGCUGCCAAUAGGCGUGCUCGAGAUGCUGAAAGGCAAACUUCUGCACGUCGCUUAGAAAAUCCUGACCAGGCUGUCAAUAGACGUGUUCGAAAUGCUGAAAGGCAAACUGCUGCUCGUCUUUCAGAAAAUCCUGAUCACGCUGCCAAUAAACGUGCCCAAAAUGCUAAUAGGCUAGCUGUUGCUCGAAAAAGGCAGAAUGUUGAGCAGGUUGCGAAUAGAAGACAGGUGAAUGCUCGACGACAUUUUGCUGUUCGGUGUUUUAAAUGUUGCCAUAAUGGCAAAGCUGCCCUUAAUAAUUUGGCUCCUUACCCUGAGCAGCUAAGACAACUUUUAAUAAACAAUGAUACUGCACAGGCACUAAAUUUUCAAGCAAAUAUACGUAAGUAUAAUAGUGACGUUGCAAUUGCUUCUUUUGGAGCCAACCUUCGCCCCCCACCUGGCCAUGGACCACCAUGCUUUCGUAUCUGUGGUCAAAUAUGGUAUCGUGUUGGGGGCCUUUACCCUCCUGAAGGAUAA